UGUAGCUUGCUCGUUCGUUUGGUUGACAAUCGCGAUGUGGUUUAUCCUACAUCAUCGCAUGCUGAGUUAUCUUUUCAAGAAAUAUUUAUAAUUUUUCAAUUAGUUAAGCGAUUCAUUUCUAAAUGUUUUCUUUCGUUGUGAUAUCUUUUCUCUGUUUUGAUUUCUAAAUAUGUGUAACUUGCCGCCGAAGUUCCAUUCAGUGUGUCGCCUUUGUUUAUCAUUCUGUGGCGAUAAUUGCAGUGAUGUUAAACUUCCAAUAUUCGACCGUGAUAAGGAUAAAUCACAGCUUUCCGAGAUGAUAAUGACAUAUUUGUCAAUAGUGGUUUCUCCAGAAGACAUGCUGCCACAGGUAGUAUGUGGAAGUUGUGCUAACAAACUAGAUGAGUUUCAUACAUUUAGAGAACUAUCACACAAGUCUGAAAGAUUAUUGGAACAAUUUCUUCAGUAUGCGAAUUCCAUAUCAGGCCCCAAGGAGGAAGUCCUCAGCAUAACGGCCGACAAACUGGAAGAAAUAAUUAAACCAUUGAACGAUAAUGAUUACGAUCACGCAACAAAGAACAAAUACGCCGAAAUCGGGUCACCGGAUUCGACGGAGGAGAUGAAAAACUUGGAGAGUCGGCAGGCGGCGGUUACACUUCUUCAAAUUAAAAAUUACGAUCCAACAAAAUAUGUCGUCAAACCCGAGGAGAGUCCGAACAUAAUGUUCAAAACAGUAAGUUUACCGCCUUCGGACAGGGCGAGAGAAGUAAUGCACUGCAAUACAGUCAUCGAUAUAAUAAGCAAGGCUGUCGCGGUCGCUCAGCGGGAAAACGAGGAAUCUCAUAACUAUCCGCCUAACUAUACGAGCGUGAUUGACAAGACGCACGUGCCCUGCGCCGCGGACUACAAGCAGGAGUACGUCGACGAGCCGUACACGCACAACGCGCCGCAGAGCGUCACCAGUCUGGGCAGCAACGAUGAGCACAACAAGGAAAUGGACUUGUCGCUCUACAGCUCAGCCAAGAACGAGUACCUGGAUCCGAACGAGCAGGAACGGGAGGCGAACGCAUAUGUACAUAGAACAAUUACGAGCAACAAAAUGUCAAGUUUCGCGGAUGAAUACAAGCAGCACGUGUACGCGAGGGCGUGCGUGAGAACGAAACCGGCGAAGGAGAAUUCGGUGUAUGAGGAGUGCAGUCAAAGCAGCAGCGGAUCCGACCCAGACAGGCUACAGAUGGAUAUAUCGGAGGUGUCGCAGGACGAUCCCGAGGAAACCCAGUCGGUGCCGUCAGCGCAAUCGUCACCGAAACCGCCGCACGAAAGUGAAACCGAAAAGGAAUCGUUAUGGCACGCGUUACAUAAACAGAACGGUCGUGGUGGAGAAACGACACAGUUGCUCCGGCGGCUAAUAAACAGCAAGCACACGGGCAUGACGGUGUCGCCGCUGCGCGCCAACACGUCGCCUCUGCCCGCCGCGCUACUGCCCAACGGGGCUGUUUCACCGAACGGCGACUGGCCGAGCCCAGGUCGCGGCGGGUCCGGUGCGGGCGGGGCGGGCGGCACGGCGCGCAGGAAACAGAGCUGUCCCGCGCGCGCGCAGCCGCUGCAAGAGCAACAUGUCACGUGGCCGAUUGCGAAUGAUAAUGAAGCGUCAGACGCGGCAUCGAACGCGGCGCGGUCCGGCGGGGCGGGCGCGAACGCGGGGGCGGGGGGUGGUCGCGUCGAACUGUCCUGCACCAACUGCGGCACGCACACGACCACCAUCUGGCGGCGGGACGCGCGCGGCGAGAUGGUGUGCAACGCGUGCGGGCUGUACUACAAGCUGCACGGCGUGCCGCGCCCCACGGCCAUGCGCCGCGACACCAUACACACGCGCCGCCGCCGGCCCCGGCACGAAGUCAAGUCGGCGCGAUCCAGACGGCGAGGUGGCAGCGGAGGUGCGGUGGACAGUGUCGAGGGGGGCGAGGUAGCGGGCGCGGGCGCGGGGGGUGCAGUGAGCGGGAGUGCGGGGGGCGCGGCGGUUAGUGCGGGGGGCGAGGGCGCGGAGGAGGCGGUGCUGAGCGCGCUGCGCCGCCAGUUGCAGCCGCACCUGCUGGCCGCGCUGCACGCGCACACCGCGCACCGGACGCAGAUGGGCCGCGGCAUGCCGGACUACGACGAGGCGCCGCUGAACCUCGUGGCGAGUCACGUGGCCGCGGAAGAGACGCAUUGACUUAACACGAUAUCCACGUUUACUUAACGUAUUCCAUUUUCGAACAACACUCACACAUGCACCCGUGUACAAACGGCCAGUUACUCAUACCAUAGACAAACAAUUUUAGUUUAUAUUUGGAAUAUUUUUAAACAGCCGCGUUUUGACAGAUGACAUUUAUUAUUCUUCAUAAAAGUUUCGUUAUCGAAAAAUUACACCGUUUUACUUUUGGUUUUCAAUAGUAA